UUAAACUAUUUCUCCCUACAAAUUUAGUUUUUGGCCUUGACAAAGUAACAGCUGAAGCUAAGUUAUGGGGAACGCUAGCAAAACUGCCACAAACGAGCUAAAAUAAUACUGAAGUCUCUUGUUACCUGUUAAAUGAAUAAUGAGUAUGCGGAAGAACUAAUCGGGAAUUUUAACCGUUUGUAUUAAAUAAAAUAACAACGUUCAGCAAGAUGUCUAAUAAAGAAGUCAAAGCCGCACUGAAAAGUGCUAGAGAAGCUAUAAAAAACAAAGAAUACAAAGAGGCUCUAAAGCACUGCAAGGCUGUUUUAAAGCUUGAGAAGAAUAAUUACAAUGCAUGGGUAUUCAUUGGCUUGGCAGCCAGUGAACUGGAUCAGCCAGAUCAAUCACAGACGGCCUAUAAGAAAGCAGUGGAGUUGGAUUCAGAGCAAUUGCUGGCUUGGCAGGGCUUAGCAAAUCUAUAUGAAAAGACCGAUCAGUGGGAUUUCAAAGAUGAACUGCCAAAUGUUUACCAGAAGCUGGUAGAGCUGCAUGCAAGUUCAGAUAAAAACAAAUGUUAUGAAGUGAUUAAAAAACUGUCUGAUAUUUAUCAGUCUGACAAGGAAUACUUAAAGCUGGCAAAGGUUUGGAUUCAGCUGAUUCAGCUGAAAGAGGAAGAGGCGGUUGAUAAGAAAGAGCUGGUGCAGCUGCUGCAAGAAAUGACCCAGCUUCUAUCAAACUGCCUUAAUGGGGAGGAGCUGGACAAUGAAAUUCAAAAAAAUUUAAUCACAGCAUUUGAGAAGGCCAUAGUUCUCAUCAAACCUGUACCAGGAGAGGAACACAAGAAGGUCUUAUCUGACUAUAUUAAAUGUCUUUCUAAACUGCCACAGAAAGAAGCUAAAAUGAAAGAAGCAUGCCAGUCCAUGCUUUCACUCUACCCCGACCAAAGUUAUCCUCUAGAGAUGCUUUGUUUUCACUACCUCAAAACAGGUAACAUGGAUGAGGAUGCAGUCAGCUCUUUCUCUCAGCUCCUGCUUUUGGCCCCUGACAAUGGAUUAGGUCACUUGGGUUUAGGGACCAAAGCAUUGCAAGAAGGGAGAUAUAAAGAUGCCAUUACUGACUUGGCACAAGGACUACAGACAACAAGCUCAACAGCAGGGUGGUUCGCUCUGGCCGAGGCGCAAUAUAAAAUACACAGAUACUCUGACAGCGCUACAUCAUGCUCUCAAGGUUUGAAUAUAUGUUCUUCUGAAGACAAGAAGCUGAGAGUCAAACUACUUAAACUGAAGCUAGAGGCCUUAGUGAGAAGUAGAGAAGAGAAGGCUGCAGAUGAGGCUUUGGAGACUUUUUCACAGAUUCCAGAAGCGGACAAAGACCCCGUACUAUUAGCCUUCAAAGGACAUGCAUACCUCAACAAAAGACAGACUGAUCAAGCACAUAAGCUGUCUUCAGAGCUGGUGGCCUCCAACCCGAGCCUGGGCCAGGCACUGGCUCUGGAAGGAUUGGUACAUUUAGCUGAAGGUCAGCAGCAGCUGGCAGAGCAAAGCUUCCUAAAGGCUGCAAGCCAGAAUCCAGACAGUGGAGAAUAUUUUUUCUUGCUUGGGCAACUCUACUGGGACAUGGGGGAAGAGACUCGUAAAGACCGGAGCAAAGCCCAUACACACUUUUUAAAGGCUGCAAAAUUAGAUCCACACCUUGGCUGUGCAUUUCGCUACCUCGGGAAUUAUUAUCGGGAGGUAGCGCAUGAUAAUGGCCGUGCACAAGGCUGCUAUAAGAAGGCCUUUCAAUUGAACAGUGAUGAUGCAGAGUCUGGAGCUGCUUCAGUGGAUCUCAGCAUGGGACAGGGGGAUAUGGACACUGCCUUAACAAUUCUUCAGUCAGUAAUAGAGAAAGCCACUCCAGGUUCUGCUAAAUGGGCCUGGAUGAGACGAGGCCUAUACUACCUGAAAGCUGGAGAACAUCAACAGGCCAUAGCUGACUUGCAGGCUGCUUUGAGAGCAGACCCUGACGACUGGGUGUGUUGGGAGUGUUUAGGUGAGGCCUACCUAAACCGGCGGAGCUUCACAGCAGCUCUGAAGGCCUUUGGCAAGGCCCAUCAGCUGCAGCCCAGCUCCAUCUACAGCGUCUACCAAGCAGCUGCGAUUAAGCAGACUCUUGGCAAGUUCAAAGAGGCAGUUGCGGAGUACCUGCAAAUCACAGCACACAAGGACUAUGUUCCUGCUCUCAAAGGCCUUGGGGAGUGCCAGCUAGCUCUUGCAAAGAGCUUAUUGGAGGACUGCAGAGAUGGAGGAGCCAUUGACCUCAUUCAGCAAGCUAUACAGAGCCUUUUCAGAGCUGUGCAGCUGCGACCGGACCUGUCUUGUCUGUGGAAGCUGCUGGGAGAUGCUUGCACAGCAGUUAGCAUUGUUUCACCAAAGAGAGUACAAGUUCUGGUGCCAGCUUUACUGGCUGGUUUAGACUCCAACAUGCAAAGCCACACACUGAACCAGGCCCAGAUGCUUAAAGUUGGCCAGAGGUGCUAUGUUCAUGCUUUAAAGCUGAUGCCAGAGGUUCCCAGCCUUUGGUAUGAUCUUGGGCUCAAUUAUUACCACCAGGCCACCAGCAUGUCUUGCCCCACAGAAGGAGACCAGAACUCUCCAUCUCAGGACCUAGAGAAGGCCCAGCAGUGUUUCAAAAAGGCUGUUAUGAUGAAAAGUAGCAACCAUACUUUCUGGAAUGCCCUGGGGGUGAUUUCCAUGACCAAAGGUCUGGAAAACUACGCUCUGUCUCAGCACUGCUUCAUCAAGUCCAUACAAGUUGAGCCAAAUAAUGUUGUUGCCUGGACGAACCUUGGAGCUCUGUAUUUGAAAAAGGCUAAUAUAGAGCUUGCACAUGAGGCCUUCAAGAUUGCGCAAUCUCUGGAGCCUUUGUAUGUCCACUGUUGGAUUGGACAGGCGCUGAUAGCAGAAAGCGUGGGAAGCUAUGACACCAUGGAUCUUUUUAGGCACACCACUGAACUUAGCACACACACGGAGGGAGUAAAAGGUUAUGCCUACUGGGUUUGUUCCACCCUGCUGGAUAAGAGCAAUAGAGACACUGAACUGUACUCCUACAACAUUGUUCAGAUGAAUGCCAUUUCUGCUGCUCAUGUUGCACUCAGCAAGUACACAGAGAGAAUUCAGUCAGACCCUGGUGCCUUUAUUAUGCUGGGCUACCUUAAUGAGCAUCUGCAGCUAAAAAGACAGGCCUUACAGGCGUACCAAAGGGCAGUUGAACUGCUUCAGUCCAUGUCUUCUCCAGGAGAGCUGAUUUUUUCUCUUGCCAACUAUGGCCGUGCUUUGUGUACCUCAGGCCAGUGGGAAGAGGCAGUGCAUGUUUACAAUUCCACUCCUCUGCAGGAGCUCAGUGACCUGGUUGGUCUGGCUCUGGCCUACUGCAGGGCAGCACUCCUUCCAGAAAGCAUAAGUGCAUACGAGCGUGCCUUGGCUGUUGCUUCCAGUGAGAAGGAGAAGGCUUACAUUUUGACUGCUCUAGCCAUGCUGCAACACCGGCAGGGCAACCUGGACUCAGCCAAAACUCUGCUUUUUAAAUGCUCAGCACUGAAAGAGCCAAUCCCAGAGUCUUUGCUUUGUUUAUGUGCUCUUGCUUUGGUCCACGGUGAUACUACACUUGCUGCUGCUGCCCUGACUGAGCUGCUAAAGCAAGGAUCAGCCUCAGGGAGUGUUGUGGAGCAGCAGUGUCUGCUCACCUGCACCUUGCUGGCUCUGCAGGGAAAUUAUAGUGCUGUACAAAGAGAGGCGUCCAGAGCUGUGCACAGAAAUCCUGGAAACCCAUCUCUCUGGGCUCUUCUGUCUAGAGUGGUACCACAGUACUAUCCUAGAAAGGCAAAUGGUGGUGCAGUUGCUGGCCACAUUGCUUGUCUCUCUAGUAUGACCCAAGGAAAGAGGGCAUUAUUGUACAGUGGAGUGAACCAGCUGGCUAGUGGGAGACAUUCUGGAGAGGACAGUCACAGGAAUGCACUGAAGACUAUACAGAGAGCCACACUGCUCUGUCCUGAUGAUCCAGCAACGUGGGCAGGUUUGAUGGCCGCUUGUCACACUGAAAACACUUCCUGCUACCUUUCUGGUUCUGCUCCUCGCAGACAGUCCCUGGAGGAGAUCCUCAUGUCAAUAGUCUCUGAGAAAGUGCAUAGCGUUGAGGAGAUAGAACGGCCUCUAGCCCAGUCUCUGGAAGGCUGGGUACUGCAACAGGCUGUUGCUGGUCUCAUGAUGGAUGGUCAGCUGGAUAAGGCAGAAGCCCUCUGUACACAGGUUCUGAACGUGUCCCCCGAACACCCUGCAGUGAUGCUGUCAUUAAGGCAGGUACAGUACCAGCGUCUUCUCGUGGCUAAUAGAGGUGCUGUUCUGCCAGACCCUGUGUUGGAGCAGCUCAACAAAGCUGUGAUGAUGAAUCCCACUAACAUUGGGGCAUGGCACUGGCUGGCUGGAGUGUAUCGUAGCCAAGGCUUGCUGGUUCAGGGAGUAAUGUCUUACCGGCAGAGUCUGCAGAUAGCCUUGCAGCUCGGCAUGCACAGCUUCCAGGUAGCCAGUCUUCUUCGACUUGCCCUGCUAGCUCUAGGACCCUGUAUGGCGGGUGUCCCUGGAAAUGACUGGAAGGAACUGGUGAUGGAAGCCACUACUGAAAGCUUGAAGCUGGACUCUUCCCCUGUGGCCCUCCUGUUCCAGGCCCUGCUCCAAUUUGUGACCAAGAUGGCUGCUAGGGAAACUAGGCGCUUGCUGGAGAGGCUGGUUUAUGUUCCAUCCCAAGACUUCCCAGUGACAGUGGUGCAGGUAGCCAGCUGGUACCUCCUCAGACACCUGCAUGCUAAGAACGAUCCGGAACUCAUUGAUGUCCUUUUGCAGAAUGCCAAAAAGAAUGAAGAUCAAAGACUGCUGGAAUUUCAUUCACUGCUUAACGCUUCAACUUGAAUGUUGCAGCCACAUCACCGUGCAUCUGCUGUACAGCUGCAUUAUAAGAUUGGCAAGCAAAGC